AUGGCCAGCACUGCCCAGAAUCCAAUCUCGCACGCCAUCAAGUACGGUGCAGGUCACUUCCACUCCGAUCCAACCGUUGCCGAUCUAGAGCACCAGGUGGAAUCCCUCGUCAAACGGGUCGAGCUUCAGGAGAAGCAGGCCGCAGAUCUAUCUCGGUUUGUAAUCGACGAGGGCAGCUGGAACACCAACAAUGUGCGAUCCUGGCAGAAGCCUCAGGAGAAGACCUCUGGUCGCGUCAACUUCUCCCAGAAGUUCAAUCAGGUGCCCAAGGUGACUGUUAGCUUGCACUCCUUGGACACCAACAAGGACUACAAUACGAGGGUCAAGGUUUACACGUCCAGCAUCGACAAAACUGGCUUCACCAUUCACGCUGACUCGUGGAGUAACACCCAGCUGUAUUCCGCUGGCGUGUCCUGGGUUGCGAUUGGACAGUAA